AUGGCGGUACAUGACAAGGACAAGGAAAUCCCCACGUGUGCGGAGGAUGAAGAUUACUAUGAGGAUAUUCGAGGUGUAUAUGGUCAAUUGUUUGUGCAAUUCUUCAAGCAACUGGGUAAGGUGCUCUACUUUAGUGAUCAAGUCAACUCAAGUGAAGAAGAGACAAGAGGCCUUCAAGAGGACUCUUUCAAGUCCAAGGGCCAAAUUCGUAGCCUAGAAGAUGAGAACAAGUUUCUCCCUGACCGAAUGCGUUUUCUUCUUUUGAGAGAGUGGCAAGAGCUCGUCAAAUCUAAGAAGAAUCUUGAGUCAAAAUGGGUCAAGUUUGAUAAAGAUCUUCGUGAAUCGAGUGAGCUCUCCAAUAGACAUUCCCAACCGAGUGAGACAUUUGGUAGGAUGUUUUCAAUGGUAAUAUGUUUGGGUGACAACUGUGGUUUAGGCAACACAAAUGAACGCACCCACACAUCUUCCAUGGCCGUGUUUGUCAAAUGUAUCAGCAACCCAUCACCCCGACAA